CCUCUCUCCCCUCUCGGUAAUCAAUCUAUCCUCUCCCCACAACACACAAACCGAAGCAGGGAGGAAGCUGUAUACGAAAUGGAGAGAGAGAGAAAGAGCUCCAUCGGGAGCUGGUGAAGAAUAUUUAUGUAUUCUAUACAUUUUCUGUUUCUCUCCCACCAUUCUCUUCGGGUCUAGGUCGAUAUUCCCGUCAGGGGAUCAUUUUGAGUUGAAGGCACUCAAAACCGAGAUGUAUCGACCUUUCCUGGAUAUAAGAACGUGAGUGGAGCGCGAGAAGAAACCGGGAGUGAACCGGUUUGCCCCUUGCCUACUCUUUCUCUUCCCGCGUUCCAACCAAGACAUUACAGCGCGCUAAGGAGCCACUUGGACCAACCUUAUAAACUUGACCAAUUAUACCAAGUAGCCAUUCAAUUUGCAUAGUGGGCGACAUUGUCACUUUACAGUCCAGAAAGGCUACUCUGGUGUUUACGGUAAUAACUCUCAAUAAAGAAAUCAGAGGAUUCAAGUUGUUAAUGAUAUCAGAGGAAUUCCGUCCUCAUAAUCUCAUCGCUACGACCGGAGAAGCUCCUGCAUGGUGGUUUAGGCCUACAUCACCGGUAACGAGACUAGACAAACUAUGGUUAUUUUGAGUGACUUAGACAUACAUGGAUAUGCGAAAUUCAGUUCUGCGGCUUAAGGACAGGCGGCAUAUGGUCUGUUAGCGCGGCGGAUUUAGUGCCAAAACAACACCGCCUCUCCAGAGUGCGUCCUCCCUGGGAGAGAUUGGACAGAGCAAACAAAGCCUGGGGAAUGCGGUCUCUGUUUCCCUGGAUCUCCAUCUCACCUGCGGGGACUCUACGCGGAACACACAAAGUAUUUGAUUUGAGUAAGUAACGGAUUCGUAUGAGGUACGCUAUUAUGGAUAGAGACACUCGGUUCCUUUGCGCUGUUGACACACUCCAUGUCGUUCCAUGUCCGUCAUCAUUUUCCACAGGGUUGAACGUUGACCGGGUGGACCGCCGGUGACGCGAGAGGUCAUGUUGAGACAAAUCCUGCUGAAUUCCACCAACGCACUAGACUUCGACCUAGGGAUGGCCCUCCAGACGCACGAGACCGUGUCCGUUAACGCAUCUCACGGAUCGGUGAACAUGGCGGCGCUGCCCACGGGCAGCAGGGGCGGGAUGCGGGAGGACGGGGAGCUGAACAAACCGGACCUGGCCACCUACAUGAUAAUAUGUCUGUUGCUGUUUCUGCUCGUGCUGCUCAUCGUUUUCUUCAUCAACUGUCAGCUGAGGAACUCUUUCUUCGCCUCCAUGCCCUACGAUCGGUCUCUCAGAGAGGCCCGGACCUCCUACAAGUAGAACCCGAUACUAAACUCAGCUGGUAACGUCUGUAGGAUUUAGGUAACGUGUGUUAUGAAUGUGUUCAUGGAGGGGUGUGUUAAAUUGACUAUGCAUAGUCCAGACGCUGUGAGUAUCCGUUACGUGUUCAUUUGGCACAAUGACAUAGAGACCUAUUACGCUCCCUGUUCCAAACUGGACUAAAUGUCAUUACGUGUAGGUCUAUAUUCAUUUUUAUUUCAGCUUUAUUUAACCAGGUAGGCUAGUUGAGAACAAGUUCUAUAUAAUGGUGUAUGUUUUUUGUUUGUUUUUGAAUAUAAAACAUGUUAUAUUACAGCACUGUAAUACGCUCUUAUGUAUAUCUAUUGUGUAAUUCUGAGCUUAACGUUUUAUUAUUUGUAUUGUGUAAAACUAUGAUUAAAUAUAUUAUAUUUGUCUAUCUAGUUCAAUAUGGCUAUAUGAAAAUCGUAGGGUGAUGAUGAUGAUGAUGAUGAUGAUGAUGAUAAUGGGAUGACACGGGUUGAUAGAUGAAUAUCCAAGACAAGAGGUUUCAUGAAUGGAAUCCCUGUUUAUUACGCACUUUCAUUUAUUUUUUAACUAAGCCGACACUCACAAUUGACUAGUGUAAUUUCUCGCAGAACAAAUGACUAUCUAUCCUUUUAGCCUCGCUGUCUACGCCGACCCCACUCAAAUAUGUUGUUCCAAAAUACCUUUGAUGGAGAAUGAGAUACAUAUCUCCAUAUCCACUAGAGGCCAAGACAGUUUUGUCACCACAGAGAAGUAGUGUGCGUGUGUGUGAUUGUGAUUGUGUGUGUGUGGGGGGGGCGGGGUUUACCUUGAACGAAUUCCUCAGCCAGCCUAGAUAAAGACAUUUUCAUGGAUUUGAGCAUAUGGGUGGGAUUAUUAUUUUAUGGAAAUUGCUGUGAGUUUUGAAGUGAAAAUAAUAGUCGACCAUGCAUCAAUUGGAGGCCUGCCCUUCCUGAAAGAUAAAGACAUAUUGUGGAAAGAUAAACCACAGCUAAUGCUGCCUAUAUUCUAACGUAGCACCAUACUCAGUGGUGUAAAGUACUUAAGUAAAAAUACUUUAAAGUACUACUUAAGUGGUAUUUUGUGGUAUCUGUACUUUAUUUUACUAUUCAUAUUUUUGACAACUUUUACUUCACUACAUUCCUAAAGUAUGAAUGCUUAGCAGGACAAAAAAUGGUAAAAUUCAAGCACUUAUCAAGAGAACAUCCCUGGUCAUCUCUACUACCUCUGAUCUGGCAGACUCACUAAACACAAAUGCUUUGUUUCUGAAUGAUGUCUGAGGGUUGGAGUGUGCCCCUGGCUAUCCGCAAAUUUAAAAAAAAAAACACGAAUAAUUGUGCCAACUGGUUUGCUUAAUAUAAGGAAUUUGAAAUUAUUUAUACUUUUGAUGCUAAAGUACAUUUUUGCAAUGACAUUUACUUUUGAUACUUGAGUAUUUUUAAAAGUAAAUACUUUAAAACUCAAGUAGUAUUUUACUUGGUGACUUUCACUUUUACUUGAGUCAUUUUCUAUUAAGGUAUCUUUACUUUUACUCAAGUAUGACAAUUGGGUACUUUUUCCACCACUUCCCAUACUUCUAGUCGAGUUUACUGCAUUGAGACUUGCUGUGCUCAGAAUCAUGAUCAUUUGAUGUGUUUUAGACAGGGGUGAAACUUUCUUGACACUUGAAUGACCCAAAGAUAACUCAGGAAAAUCCAUUGACAGAAAACGAGCCUGCUGUUCGUGUUUUAACCACUAGGUGGUAGACUAAAACGGUCAUUAGCCUUACCUUGAACUCCAAGGAAAUUUGAAAUAAUUAUGAAAUCGUUAAUCAAAUGUAAGCUAAUGAAGGAACAUAGUAUUUCCAUAUCACAGUGAACUGCAGAGGUGGAUUCGUUCUAUUGUUGUGUCUGUUUGUGUUCUUAAGACAUAGGCUGAGUAAAAUACCGUUCUCAACUUUUUUUUUUUUAUUUCACCUUUAUUUAACCAGGUAAGCAAGUUGAGAACAAGUUCUCAUUUACAAUUGCGACCUGGCCAAGAUAAAGCAAAGCAGUUCGACACAUACAACGACACAGAGUUACACAUGGAGUAAAACAAACAUACAGUCAAUAAUACAGUAAAAAAAAAAAAAAAAAAAAAAAAAAAACAA